AUGGAUCCUAGACCAGUAACGCGAUGCGGGUGUAAUGCGCGGAUAAAAGUUCAUGUUGACUCGAGGAACAGGAGAUGGUAUGUUGACUUCUUCUCCGAUGAACAUAACCAUGACAUGUUGGAGGCAAGGUUUAGGGGAAUGAUAUGGUCUUACCGGGCAAUAAAAACGAGGCAUUUACACCAGAUUAAUACUAUGAGAAGCUCUGGCCUUCGAGUUCCAACAAUAUUUCGGGCAUUUGCAAACCAAAGUGGUGGAUUCGAGAUGGUUGGGUUUCAAGUGAAAGACAUCUAUAAUGCAAUUGAGAAGCAAAGAAGAGCUGGAGCAAGCGACACGGAUAAUGCACUCAAGUAUUUACAAAUGUUGAAGAGGCGUGACCCCUGUAUGUUUUGGAAGUAUUCGUUGGAUGAACAACGGAGGCUCCACAAUAUAUUUUGGUGUGAUGGUGCAAGUCAGUAUGAUUUCAAUAUUUUCAGAGAUGUUAUGGGGUUUGAUGCAACGUACGGGAGGAAUAAGUACAAAUGUCCCCUUGUGAUAUUCUCUGGCGUGGAUCACCACAUGCGCAUUGUUGUGUUUGGAUGCGCGGUUCUCUCAAAGGAAGGGGAGGAAAGAUGUGUGUGGUUGCUUCGGGCAUUUCUGGAGGCCAUGAAAGGAAAGGCUCCUAAGUCUGUUAUUACCGACGAUGAUCAAGCCAUGAAGAGUGCAAUCAAAGCUGUAUUUCCAGAAGCACAUCAUAGAUUGUGCAGCUGGCACUUGCUACAUAAUGCGACCGCUCGAGUAGGUAUUCCACGGUUUAUGACCAAGUUUCGUCUUUGUUUAAUGGGGGAUUUGGAGGUCGAUGACUUUGAAGAUAUAUGGAAUGAUGCAGUUGAAGAAUUUGGGUUGCAAAAAAAAAUCAUGGGUCAAGGAUAUGUAUGA